UAGAAUCAGUCUUGAGUAACAUAGUUUUAAGAAUUCAUCUGCUCCAGGUUAAAGUUUAGACAGAAUGUUUAUUCUCCUGGUACUCUGUAUCCUACCCGGAUAUCUACAUGGUUUGGACUGCUUGGAGUUCAGUAUCAGCCAAUGCCAAAGAAACGUUCUCCAGGUCGUGACCCUUGAAGGGGGAAAUAUUACAGAGUGCCAAAGUAUGUGUCAGGAUACGUCAGGUUGCCAGGAGUUCCAUUAUAAUAUCUACAGAGAGAAAUGUACACUCUCCUCUAACAGAUAUCCAACAUGCAAUACAGUGACUGGUCCUGCUAGUCCUCUUGUUGAAGACUGUAUUGAAGGACGAACCGGAUGCUCUGCUUUUAUUUCCGAGGACUGCACAUACCAGGAUGAAGUAACCUCCCAUUACCAGAGUCCUGAGCCUGGGACCUGUCAGAUGUUCAUGAACGAGCUCGGACCUGAGUAUGGCGGAGGAAACUAUUUCAUUCAUAAAAAAUCUAGUAAUAGUUGUGAUAUGCUGAUUAGUGGGAAGAGGGCGUGUAUAGGCGUGUCCGGACCGCCCACUCCAAACUACGAAUCAUGUUUCUAACCAUUCAAUUCAAAUGUUUUUUUGUCAUCUUUAAGCAUUUUACACAGUUUUACACAUGUUUUGUAAUUUCAAUAAU